AUGCGCGCCGUCAUCGAGUUCCGUGAGCGCUCCACAGGCGAGGUCGUGAUGCACGCCUCGGAGCUCGAUCCCAUCCACAUCUACUUUGGCCGCGGCGACGCCCACCUCAACAUCCGUAUCUCGGACAAGGGCGGCGGCGUGCCGCCGGCCGAAGGCUCCGACGAUCCAGUCUCCAAGAACCUCAACGUGUUCCUCGGCUCGCGCGAGACCAUUCCCGAGAUCAAGGGCCUUGUCCCGGGCACUCUCGGCUCGCACGUCUUCAAGUACGGCGUGACAACGGCGUCCAAGAACUUCUCGCCCUCGUCGCCCAAGGCUACCGACGCCGACGCCCGCUUCAACUGGGACAUCAAGGCCACAAACGCGUCGCCGCUCGCAGGCUACGGCUUUGGCCUCCCGCUCGCCCGCCUCCACGCCCGUCACUUUGGCGGCGAUCUCAUGAUGAUCUCUAUGCCCGGCUACGGAACAGACACCUUCCUCUCGCUCGACACCACCGGCGAGUUCUACAAGCGCUCGCUUUAG